AACCUGGGUAGGUUGACUGACGAACCCUGCUGGUUGGGCUACUCCAACCAUUGAAUAUGCUGUCAAGGUGAGCCGGGCAGCUAACUACACUAACCUGCUUACAUCAUCAACUCCACCUUUUGUUCUAUGCAGCCGUUCAUCGUCGGCCCUUGCAUCAGAAGAGAGGCCAGACCGUCGUCAGAGAGACCAUCAUGACGGCCGCGGGCGGCACAAACGGCGCCAUAGAGCCCCUUCUCGACAGGCAAGCACAGCACAGAACGGAGAAAUGCCACCCACGGAAGAGGCGGCUGCACACUCGCUCGCCCAUCUCAUGACAUUAAUUGCCUCUGUGUGGCCUGUCUGCCUGUGCAGUCAUCUUCGUCUGAGUCUUCUUCUUAUCCUUCGAGCAGUAGCAGCAGUGAGUCGUUGUCCAGUGAGUCGUCGGAGGACAGGCGGAAACGGAAAAGAGAGCGGGGACGGUCCCAUCGCAGCGCAAAAGGUAGGUAGGUAUUUCGGCAGGCACAAAGGCGGCGCUGCGUGGCUGCCUGUGCGGACGGAUCUGAUAUGUGUGUAUCCCUCUUUCUGUCUGUCUGUGUGUGUGUGUGUGUGUCAUGUGAUUGAUGUGUGUGUUGUGUUGUGCAGGUGGUCGCAGGCGCGUUUAUGAUGCUGUGAGUCCGAGCAGCUCGGAUGAGCACCGCCAUCGCAUGAAGAAACACCGUUCACGCUCACGAAGUAAGCAGCCAAUCGGUGGAAGGAAACACACCCACAGGACACAUCACAUUGCUAAACACACACAUGGAUGGAUGGACACAUAUGUGUGUGUGUGUGUGGAUGUGCCCGUGUGUCACACAGUCAAGAGCCGCCGCAAGGCCGAGAGUUCUCCGAGUAGCAGCAGUAGCGACCAACACGAGCGGCACCGACGAAAGAAAUCACGCCAUCACAGUAAGACAGAGGGACAACACACGUGUCCCGGCCUCUGCCACUGAGCUCUCCUUGUGUGUGUGUGUGUGUGUGUGUGUGUGUGUCGGUUCAGAGAAGCGUUCGUCCCACCAUGGUUCGUCUGACAGACGGCAUGUGUCGCCAAUCAGUGAGCCCACCCCUGAGGCCUCUGACAGCGGCCCAGGGCACCUGACGCACCACCCACACGAGAAGCGAGGUGCGUGUGGUGGCACAACAGACUCACAAGGCCACUCACAGGUCGAUUCUGGUUAUGUGUGUGUGUGUAGGCGGCUGUGGUGGUGCUAGUGCUAGUGUCGACGGUAUGAGCGUGGCUGCGCAUCGGCACCACGGCAGAGGGCCACCAAGUGAGUUGUGAGUUUCGCCAGCGAUGAAUGCAUUAUUUGGUGCAUUCUCUGUCUCUCUCUCUGUGUGUGUGUGUGUGUGUGCAGGUAGUGCUGCCUCUACUGACGGUCGCCAUGUGCACCACGGCGCCGCCGCACCCAUCUUGCCACAGAAGGCCCUGCAUGCGCCUGACGAUGGGACGUACCCCGGCGGCUACGCGCGGCUCAAGGGCGACGCCGUCUCUAUCAUGGUCAGGGAAGGCAAAUCGCUCGACGUCAGCUAUGGUAAGCAGGUGCACCGACGGACGGCAGCAGUGCAGUGCAUAUAUACGCGUACACCUCUCUGUCGCCUCGCCCCCCUCUUUGUGUUGUGUGCAGCUCAGUUUCUGGCCGGCAGGAAGGCUGGCAAGGCUGCUGGUGCCACCCAUCAGCCCGUUGCGCAUGAGACCGUUGCUCACCCGCAGUCAUUGUGGCCUCCCCAACCCCUCCCCCACCAGCCCCCGGCAGCGAAAGUGAGAGUGCGGCCCUUCCACAUGUCGCGGGACCCACCCAAAAGAUUCGAAUUCUCCAAGCGCCCCGGAAGGUUCCUAGCCAUCGGUCGUGUGUCCUAUCUCUCCCCGCCCGGCGGCUGCCCCUCGUCCGGCAGCGGCACGCCACAGACACCCCAGACACCGUCGUCGACCCCCAAAUCAGGCAGCCCAGGCCCACCGCCCACCCGCUCGCCCCUCGACUAUCGACCAAAUCCGAUGGUCCGCAAGAAGGACAGGGGCAUCCUCUCGCUCGCCCCGCACCCGAACGGGACGAAGCAGAGGCCCUCACGGUCGAGGUCGAGGUCGAGGUCGCCGCUGGAUCGUUCGAGGGAGAGGUCUCCCUCACCGAUCUCACCUUCAGACGGGGGGCAACGUCAUGCGAAUCGGCCUGUCACGGAGGAGGAGAGACGAGAGGGGGAGAGGGAGGGGGAGAGGGAGAAUGAGAGAGCGGCUUCCCGCUUCACCAUUGUCCGACAGGAGGAGGACAUGGAAGUGGUGGAGGAGGGGGGCAAGAGGGGUGAUGACGGUGCUCAGCAGCAGCAGCAGGGCGGGACGCCAGUGGCGGUGCCCGAUGAGGUGACCCCGUCCACCAACACGCAGCCGUCGGCCAGUGAGAGGCAGCUCCCUCCAGCAAACGUCACCGCCAUCGUCAUCGACGACAACAGCGACCAAGACCAAGACCCACACAAGACGGAGGAGCAGCCUCCGCUCCCUCCCCCUAUCCCUGCAGCACCGCCACCUGCCCUGUCCUCCUCACAGGCCCCCUCUGAUGAUCCCACACCCUCCACACAGCCACAGCCGCCUACAGUCGUUCGGCUGUCGCCCCUGACCAAGCGGCAGCUGUCACCAAUAACAGCCAAGCCGUCAUUCGGCGACAGCGUCCCCGCGGUCGAUGCGGCAGGUGACGGCAUGAUCAAAGAGGAGCCGCAGAAGACCGAAAGUGACGUCAAGGAGAAGGCUGUAGAGCAGCAGACUGGGGAAGAUAGAGCGGCUUCGGGUGGCGAGAUGGAGGUCGUGGAGAUUGAGGAGCCGGCAACGGAUGCGCGCGGGGCGACCGGACCCCCGGCCCGAGAGGAGCCGACAGCGCCCAUUGACCUUCAAAACCCCACCGAGAACAUUGAGGUUGCAGUGAGCGCCCAUGACCCCUCAGUUGCCUACCAGCCCACUGCCCCAGCGCCACCAGCACCACCACCACUUGUCGAGACCGCUGCUGCUGUUACAGAGGAUCCCGCUAUCGAAUCCCUGGAGCCCCUCGUGUGUCUCGAUACAUGGAAAGGCUCCCCUGUGCUGCCAGAGUACGCAGGGGGCUUCGGUGAGUUCGCAGUGCUGGAGGGUCAGGGCAUCGGCCGCCAGACGCUGCAGGUGCUGGGCAAGGGCAAGGGGGAUGAGUGGGAGGGGGCGCUGCAGAGGCGGGAGGCCAGAUAUAAACGGGAGAUAGCCGCUGCGCAGAGGUACGCUCGCACACAGACACGCAGACACGCAGCAAGGAGAAAGGGGCGGCCAAAUGAUGCAGGCCGACAGGCCAGCAGGCAGGCAGGCCUCUGUCUGUGUGUUUGCUCUUGUCAGGCGUGCAAUGUGGGUGACCCUUGUCGCUCGGAAUUGGCUCACGUGACCAUCCCUUUGGGGAGCUGUUGGGCUCGGUGCUGCAUCUCGGCGAGAUGUCGCACGGAGUUGGACAAUUCGCUUACUGGAUGGAUGGCAAACGGCACAUGAAUUCCAAAUACCUCCCGGCUUGUGUACAUAUGCUGCUUCCUUCCUUGGUCGAAUGGUGCGUGAGUGCCGUGCGACCGACCGAUCGAUCAUUGUCUAGUGCAGAUCCUGACUGACCAGUGAGUGAAGCAACCGAUGGAUGCUGCGUGCUCUCUCUGUGUGUGUGCCGGACGGGCAAGUGGUU